AUGGAUGCCGGUCCGACGACGGGCUCGCUGAAAACGAAAAUUUCGCUGAAAAGUGGACAAGGACAAAUUGUGACGCCGUUUCACACAUUUCAACUCGAACUACCUCCGAAAAGCGAGAUCAAUGGAAGCAUUGAUUUAUUAGAAGCGUACGAUUUAGGAAAACUAUGCCACGGCCUCUUCAAUCCGCGACGCCUACGCGAGGAGAUGUCGUCGUUUCUGCCGCACCUCUACGGCAAUCUGAGUUUCAAUGUGCUUCAGGAAGCGAGCUCGCUGAGAGCGCUCGUUGACAAGCCGCCGAUUCACAAGGAGAUCACGACGCUGCCGAGCUCGUCGAUGCAGGGCUUCAAAUUGAGCACGGGACCCGUCGACGAGCGCUAUCGGCAUUUGUUUGACAAGAAGCGUGAGGUCGACAUCAACUGGGUGAUGGAUGAGCAUCCGGUGAUGGGCAGAAUUCGAUCGUCGUUGGAGCAGAGGGUCGCCGGACGAGACAUUUUGGACCAUGAAGAGCGCAAACGGAAGCAUAAAAAGGAGAAGAAGAAAAAGAAGAAGAAUAAGAUGAGAAACGAGGAUGCCGACGAAUCGUCGUCGACAAUGCCGACAGCAUCGGCAGCGCCAUCGUCGACGCCGAUGGAAUUUUGA